AUGUUCCGGAGACGCGCGCUGCGGCGGCGGCUGGCGGCGGCCGGCGCCCCCUCGGUCCCCAACGACCAGCUGCGAAGGCUCGCCCGCGCCCUGGACCUCGGCCCCGAGGCCUCCACCUGCAUCCCCGGCCCGGACCUCCGCCUGCCGGCCUCCCGCGCCUUCCGCUUCCCAGACCUUCGCGACCUCGCCGAGCUUCGCCGCCUCCCGCUGUGCACCGACCAGCAGUGCUGCAACCCGUACCACUUCAGCCGCCUCUGCAAACCCGAAACCCCUCCUCCACCAUACAGUCGGAUCGUGAUGGAUGACGUAAAGCCUAAAGAACAUGGCGAGAGCACAGAGGACGCUAGGAGGACAGACCACGAGCGGCUUCCUACCGGAUCCCUCGCCACUGACGGCGAAGAGCGCCCGAGCUGGGAGGCGGAGUGGUGUCGAUUGGCCUAUUGGGAGUUGACACAACGCGUGGGCAGACAGUUCGGGGUUCGAGUUCGGGCGGUUGACGUAUUCGGGGGUGGAGGUGGGGCCUGCGGUUCGGGACGGCAUGGAUUGUGUCUGGACGCAUUAGAAUCCAGGCCCGACGCGCCGCAAGCUGAUCAGGUGCGAAAAACUCGGGCAAAGAUCGGUCUCGGAGUGACGCUGUCCCUCGAGUCGGACGGGGUCUGGCUUUACAACCGUAGCCAAGAGCCAGUGUUUGUCAGCUCGCCGGCCCUAGAUGCAGCCGCAGCCAGAGCUCUGCUCGUGUGGCGAGUGGCCCCGGGACAUUGUCUGUGCAUCUUUGACCCGUCUGCCCCACCGCCGGCCGUCUCGCUCCCGCACAUAGGUCCGGUUGACCCUCGAUCCGUGAGGAUCUCAUUCGCGAAGGGCUGGGGGCCCAAAUACUCCCGGAGGGACGUGACGGCGUGCCCCUGUUGGCUCGAAGUCCUCCUGGCUCCCCCGAGCUGA